ACUAGAGACACAAGUGUCAAUAUUGAAAUAACAUUGCUUGAAGCUUUAACUUAUUGGGAUAUUUUGGGAAAAACGGUAUGUUUUGUGAUUGAAAAUGAUGAUUCGAUGAUAAGGGCUUGCGAGUCCCUAAAAAAACCGCACUUGCGCUGUUUCGAUGAUACUUUAAGUUUGAUAGUCCAAGACGCUCUGUCGGAAGAUCGUAUAAAGGAUAUUUUGGCGAAAAGCAAUCGAAUUGUAACUUUUUUCAAGAGCAGCUCCACUGCUUAUGCCAAAUUGAAACUUGCUCAAGGAACUGAACCCAUCAAUCUUAAAAAAGAAAUGCCUACUCGUUGGAAUAGUUGUUUUCAAAUGAUAUCUCGGAUACUUGAAAUCAAAGGUGUGGUUUCUGAAAUUCUUCUCUCUAUAAAAGGAGCACCAUCUCCUCUCUGUGCAGAAGAAGUUUCUACUCUAAUGGACUUAAAGGAAUUGCUUGAGCCCUUCGAUUCAGCAACAAACCUAGCAUCAGCAAAUAAUAUGGUUACUAUAUCACAUAUAAUUCCUGCAACGCAAGAUAUAUAUCGCCGCUUAGCGAAUAUGAAUACUAGCUUGCGCACAAAGGAAGGUCAAAAUAUUUGCUUGCGACUCAUAAGUGAAGUAUCUCAUCGACUCUUUCCCUACGAAGGACAUACCGCUGCUAGAAUUGCAACUUUGUUGGACCCACGAUUCAAAAAGGAGGGAUUUCGAAACAACUACGCUGCAGAGCAAGCUGUUUUAGCUUUGGAGAAUCAAGUCGCUACAACUUUGCAUACUUGUAAGCAAUACUCCGAUGAGAAGACUCACGACCAGCGGUAUACAAUGUAUUCAUUCAUGAAAGAAAAACACACUAAAGAAGUUGAACGUUCAAAAAUGGAUGCUGUAGUUCCUAUUCAACAGUAUUUCGAAGCGGAACAUGCUCAAGAAAAUCUCUGCCCUUUGGAGUUCUGGAAGGCACAGACUAGUCAGUGGGAGCCAAUGCUGAAGUGUACAUUCAAAUAUUUGUGCAUCCCAGCAAGCUCAACGGAUUCUGAAAGAAUGUUCUGCAAAAUGGGCGACAUCAAUUCCGACAGACGGGCGAUCUUAAAACCACAAAGUAUUGAUAUGCUGUUGUUCGUACGCAAAAAUCAAUGGGUGUUAGACACGUAAAGUAAAAAAUAUCACAAAUUAAAGCAAAUACAAACUAUGUAAUUUUCUGUAAACCAAGAAUAUGUUAAUGAUUUCGCAAAGCUAAAAAUAAUAUAU